CCAAUCUUUUGACAGCUGCACACGAUCACAAAACACGCAACCGGAUUGCACAAAAUUCAACACACACCACCAAACAAAAGUCCAAUCAACUCUCACGAACAGCAGCACACACAGAAGGUUUUCGCACCACCAGUCAGAGAGUGUCCCCGAAAAGCGAACGAGAAAAAAAAAGUUAUCGGAUACCGUGGCAAUAAAAGGCAUUUUAAUCCGUUCGGUUCCCGUUUGUUACGAAUGUUUCGGUGCCCGCGGAUUGUUCGUGUUCUAGUCCCUCUCGAAUAGUAGGAAAAACCGACGGUGCUCGCGCGCGAUUCCGCGUACCAAACAAGAACGCAAUCCGAAAGAAAAUCGUUCCUCGUCCAGUACACACGGCCAUCUUGAAAGUUGAUCCCCUCGUCUUCACUCUUGGUGCUCGGUCGCUCCGUAAUCCGUACUGGGUAAUAUUCGGCUGUUCGGCCGUCGUAGAUGCGCACCUCCUGUAGUGGCCGGCGGAACGAGAACCACAGUGUUCCGGCUCGGACAAGUCAGAGCGACUGCUGAUAUCCAAUAGGAAAAACUACGCAGAAGAGAUUGGGUGGUGAAAGGGAAGAGAAACACUGUUCCGGGAUUGACCUCGAUCUUCCUUUGUUGCAAGUUUUCGUCCAGGUCGCACCGGGUGGAAAGCUGGAGGAAACGUCAGCGCACGACAUUUUCGCAAUCGUAGACGGUGUCCGGCAGUAAGCUGAAGCAAGUGGAGGUUCCUGUUUUGUAUGCGUAGAUUAUGCCUGAUCCCUGCGACCAGAUGUAUACAUAGCCAUGGCUGCGACGCGAAAGUUGCAAGGUGAAAUCGAUCGGUGUCUUAAGAAGGUCACUGAAGGUGUAGAAACGUUCGAGGAUAUUUGGCAGAAAGUACACAAUGCUACGAACAGCAAUCAGAAGGAAAAAUAUGAAGCCGAUCUCAAAAAGGAAAUCAAGAAACUGCAGAGGUUACGUGAUCAGAUCAAAUCAUGGAUCGCAUCCGGCGAGAUCAAAGACAAGAGUGCGUUGCUGGAGAAUCGACGGCUCAUAGAGACUCAAAUGGAACGCUUCAAAGUGGUGGAGCGGGAAACGAAAACGAAAGCAUACUCCAAGGAAGGUCUUGGGGCUGCCCAAAAGAUGGACCCCGCGCAGCGAGAAAAAGAGGAGAUUAGCAGUUGGCUUACGUCGUCCAUCAGCUCUCUGCAGAUUCAGAUCGACCAGUUUGAAUGCGAGGUCGAAUCGCUGAUAGCGGGGAAGAAGAAAAAGCUCGACAAGGACAAGCAGGAGAAAAUGGAUGAGCUGAAGGGAAAGCUGGAGAGGCACAAGUUCCACGUGACCAAGCUGGAAACGUUACUCCGAAUGUUGGAUAACGACGGUGUGGAGGUGGAGCAGAUCAAAAAGAUCAAGGAAGACGUGGAGUACUACAUCGAUUCCUCGCAGGAACCGGAUUUCGAAGAGAACGAGUACAUCUACGACGACAUCAUCGGGUUGGAUGAAGUGGAAAUAUCCGUUCUUCCUUUAGCAGGUAUGGGUCCAGGAGGCACGGAAAGCAAUAACAGUAACGAAACCGCAGGAUCUCCCAGCAGCUUAAUCUCCGGAACGAGCCCGUCGCAAUCGCCUGUGAUGAACUGCAGUGCGUCAACGAUGCACAACCACAGCAGUGAUGCAACAAUUGCUGUCGUCGACGGCAGUGGUGAUAAACGGCCGAAAGAUGUGAAAAUUACGCCGGUGAAACCAACGGCAAUCCGGCCAAACAAAGUGGACAUCAGCGCGUUGUCAGCCCCUGCCGGAAGCAUUGCUGUGAGUAACAGCAGUAGUACCAACAAUACGUCCAGUAGUAAGCCGGGUUUGAUAAGUUCAACACCGAGUAAAAACCACGCGAAUGCAGCGGCAGUGGUAGCCGGAGCGGUGGUACCUAAUAUUAGCGGUAUUGUAGCUCCGCAGGCACCACCCGGUGGUCACAUACAGACUAUUAUUGGUCCGGCAUUUGCAGCUGUAGCGAAACAACAUCCCAAAAAUGGCACGAUACACCAGUCCAGUGUCACAUCUUCGUCGACGACGUCGUCGGUUCCGAGUGGCGGUCAAUCGUCCACAGUUGUAGCACCUAAUGCAUCCGGUGCGGCAGUGAGCAACCUCAGUCAGAUUGUUAAUGCAUCUCAACCUACGCUUAGUCAACAGUUGCAACAGGCGCAGCAACAACAGCAGCAGCAACA